ACAACUGUUUCGCAGUAAAACGCAGAAGGAAAAUUUCCAUGUAAAAAAGAGUUGCACAAAUUCAAUUGGUCUCUGUUCCUUCUCAGCCAAUCCCCAACAAAUUUCAGUUACAAAAUCGUACCUGAUUAAUUCUCCCACACGCGCCGCCGUUUUGCUACGGCGGUUGCCUCCGUCAUGGAGGGGAUAAACCGCUACUCCUCACCCAGCGUCGGCGACCUCACCUCCUACGGCGCCGCGAACCGCCCCGUCAAAAUCAUCCAGUUGCAGCACCCCUCCCCCUCCGCCGCCCCGUCGUCUUCGUCGCCGUCGUUUUGGGGGAAAUGGAGUGCGAGAAUGAAGCGGAUGACUAGGGCGGAGUGGAUUCAGCUGUUCCUGCCGUGCUACCGUUGGAUUAGCACCUACGAAUGGCGCGAGUAUCUCCAGCCCGACCUCAUGGCUGGCAUCACCGUCGGUGUUAUGCUCGUUCCUCAGUCAAUGUCUUAUGCAAAGUUAGCUGGGCUUCACCCCAUUUAUGGACUUUACUCGGGUUUUGUGCCCAUAUUUAUAUACACCAUUUUCGGGUCGUCUCGCCAGCUUGCUAUUGGCCCGGUUGCAUUGACUUCCCUCCUGGUGUCUAAUGUAUUGGGCAACAUAGUUGAUUCAUCAGAGCAGUUGUAUACCGAACUUGCAAUUUUGUUGGCACUUAUGGUUGGUGUUUUCGAAUGCAUUAUGGGGCUUUUAAGGCUUGGAUGGCUUCUUCGAUUCAUCAGCCAUUCUGUGAUUUCUGGUUUUACUACUGCUUCAGCCGUUGUAAUUGCCUUGUCUCAGGCAAAAUAUUUCUUGGGCUAUGAAAUAGAACGCAGCAGCAAAAUUAUUCCACUGGCCAAGAGUAUUAUUUUUGGAGCAGAUAAGUUCAUGUGGCAACCUUUUGUCAUGGGCUCUAUUAUAUUAGCUAUUCUUCUAACCAUGAAGCACUUGGGAAAAACUAGGAAAUCUUUGCGGUUUUUGAGAGCAGCUGGUCCCCUUACAGCUGUAGUUCUGGGCACAACCUUUGCAAAACUGUAUCAUCCAGCUUCAAUUUCACUGGUUGGGGAAAUACCCCAGGGGCUGCCAAAGUUUUCCAUCCCAAAGGAAUUUGGGUAUGUAAAGUCUUUGAUUCCUACAACAGUUCUCAUUACUGGUGUGGCUAUUUUGGAAUCUGUGGGGAUUGCCAAAGCACUUGCAGCAAAGAAUGGAUAUGAGUUGGAUUCCAAUCAAGAGUUAUUUGGCCUUGGUGUGGCGAAUAUUGUUGGUUCUUUCUUUUCAAUUUACCCUACAACUGGAUCAUUUUCUAGGUCAGCAGUGAAUCAUGAAAGUGGAGCCAAAACUGGGUUAUCUGGAUUAGUUAUGGGAAUUAUUAUGGGCUGUGCGCUUCAAUUCAUGACCCCAUUGUUUGAAUACAUACCCCAGUGUGCUCUGGCUGCCAUCGUGAUUUCUGCUGUUGUUGGACUGGUGGAUUAUGAUGAAGCUACUUUCUUAUGGAGGGUGGAUAAGAGAGACUUUCUCCUCUGGACGAUUACUUGCGUCGUUACCUUGUUCCUUGGAAUAGAGAUUGGUGUUCUUGUUGGUGUUGGUGUUUCCCUUGCUUUUGUCAUCCACGAAUCAGCUAAUCCCCAUAUCGCUAUCUUGGGUCGGUUACCUGGCACUACCGUGUAUAGAAACUUACAGCAGUAUCCAGAAGCAUAUACAUACAAUGGACUAGUGAUUGUUCGUAUUGAUGCGCCAAUCUAUUUUGCGAAUAUAAGUUACAUCAAAGACAGACUCCGAGAAUAUGAACUCGAACCGGAUGGAUCCAUAGGACGUGGACCUGGAGUUACAAGAAUUCAUUUCGUAAUACUUGAGAUGGCACCCACUACUUAUAUAGACUCGAGUGCCGUUCAAGCUUUAAAAGACUUGCACCAGGAAUACAAGUCACGGAAUAUUCAGAUUGCGAUAUCCAAUCCAAAUAGAGAUGUUCUGGUGACACUAACAAGAUCUGGGGUAGUUGAUCUGAUAGGCAAACAAUGGUUCUUCGUGCGAGUACACGAUGCAGUACAAGUUUGUCUUCAACGUGUUCAGAGCUUAAACAACUCACCUAAAACAUCAUCAACCAACUCCCCUCGAACACCAUCUUCUAUGAUGGAAAAUAAAACAAGCAUUUUCCAAAGAUUAUCGAAACAGAGACAAGAGGACCUCUCUCUCUCUCAGCUCGAGUCGGGUAACUUGGAAAUUUCCACCUCUAUAGACGAAACCCCUCACCUGGAGGAGCCACUAUUACCGAAGAAGCAUUGACGAGAUUAAUUGUGCCUAUGUAGGUAUGUAAAACUGUGUGUCCAUUUUUUUAUUUUAUUUUUUAUUUUCUGUUAUUUUUUAACUGAUUUAUAUAUAUUGCUAUAUAUAAAGUGUGCCCGUUUGUUUGUAUUGUGCGUGGGCUCACACAUUCAAGUGUUCAUAUGUAUUUUUUGUGUUGGUUGUAUUAUGCUUUUUGGUAAGAGCAGAUUUGGAAGCAGGCACUUUCAUUUGUUUUGAACAUAAACGAACAUAUAUACAUAUUCU